CUCCCUCCAACUCAUCCGCAGGCUCUACUCUUCCCCACACACCCCACCUUCUGCGUGCUUAUCAAUGGCCGAGAGCACCAGCAGCCAUGCUCACCAUCCUCAGCAGCAGCCCACCGUCGCCACCUGCAAGGCAUCGGAGGAGCCGAACAAGGGCGUGCGGCACCUGUGCGAGCGCGGGGUGACGGCCCUCCCGCCGCGCUACGUGCUCCCGCCCUCCGACCGCCCGGCCCCGGCUGCACCGCGCGGCAUCCCGGUCAUCGACAUGGCGCGCCUCCGCUCCACGGCCCCCUCCGAGCGCGCCGCGGAGCUGGCGCGGCUCGACGCGGCGUGCCGCGACCUGGGCUUCUUCCAGGCGGUGAACCACGGCGCGGGCGACAAGGCAAAGGCGAUGCUGGACGUGGCGGCGCGCUUCUUCGCGCUGCCGUUCGAGGAGCGGGCGCGGCACAUGUCCCCCGACAUCCGGGCGCCGGUGCGGUACGGCACCAGCUUCAACCAGCUCAACGACGGCGUGCUCUGCUGGCGCGACUUCCUCAAGCUGCUCUGCAACCCGGCCAGGCUCGACGACGUCGUGCCAUCGUGGCCCAACAACCCAUCCGACCUCAGGGAGGUGAUGUCGGCGUACGCCCGCGCGAACCAGGGUUUGUUCCGGGAGCUGAUGGAGGCGGCGCUCGAGGCGAUGGGGAUCACCGGCGAGGGCGUGCUGGAGGAGCUCGGCUGCGGGACGCAGAUGAUGAUGGUCAACUGCUUCCCGGCGUGCCCGGAGCCGGAGCUCACGCUAGGGAUGCCGCCGCACUCCGACUACGGCUUCCUCACCCUCCUCCUCCAGGACCAGGUCAAUGGCCUAGAGGUCUGUCAGGGCGAUGACGAUUGGCUCCUCGUCGACCCCCUCCCCGGAGCCCUCAUCAUAAAUGUCGGCGAUCACUUCGAGAUAUUCAGCAACGGGCGGUACAAGAGCGUGUUGCACCGGGUGCGAGUGAACUCAACGCAAUUGCGGAUCUCGGUUGCGUCGCUGCACAGCCUUCCACCAGAACGGGUAAUCGGCCCCGCACCGGAGCUUCUCGCCAAUGGCACCCCACGGUGGUACAUGGACACCGACCUGACCACCUUCCUUGACUACCUCGCCUCCGCCGAGGGGAAGCACAAGACCUUCCUCCAGUCCAGGAGGAUCACUACGUAAUCAUCUCGUUGACCGAACCAACUAAUUGAUGUCGUUCAAACAGACCAUCGAGGAGGAUCAUAAAGGAUUGCGAUUGCCGAAAAGUGCCCUUAAUUAAUUAGCUAGGUUCAUUCUUGAUUUUUAGUUAUUUAAUUAUUAUGAAGAGCGUCCAUCAAUUGAUGAACGUUCUUAUAUAGUAUGUAUGUAUGGUACUCCCUACGGAGUUAGCUAGUGUUGUGACGCAUUGAAGAUGUAUGUAUUGUUUUUGGUAUCUAUAUAUCUUUUUUGUUAGAAAGCAGUACCUAUGUAUGUGCCAAUAUAAUGAGUCUAUUCCACUUUGGUCA